CCAUGGCAUGGCCGUACUUCACGCGUGCUUGCUGCGUCAACCGCUUUUGGAGCGAGCUGGACAAAGCGGACGUCGGGGUGCCUUUGGUUUUCACCAAAUAUUCGGAUGGGGCCGACCUGCAGCAUCAUCUUCCCCGUCACCCGCAGUCGAGACAGAAGAGGGCCGGAGCCAUAGAAACCCAGCCCCAUCCCGACGAGCAUGAACCCGGGAAGGCACCGCCCGCGACCGGUGCUGCAGCGGGAAAAGAUGGCUCCGCGGCGUCCGUCACGCGCCAAGACUUCAAGGCGUGGAGUGUGCGCCCCGAGCCGAGCUGCAAGCCCAGAAACGAGUUCCAACGCUCGGCGGCCCCGUUCGAUACCGAAACUCAGUAUCAGAAGGAUUACAAGCCCUGGCCUAUCCCGAAGAAGCACGACCACCCUUGGAUACCCAAACCCAGCCCCAUCGCCACAGCCUCCGGCGGGCCGGAGCGGGGCGCGCGGAGCGCUAAACUGGAGCAUGCGGCGGCCGAGAGCGGCGUGGAGAAGAGCGAGAUCGAGGAGAAAACACAGGAGAAAGAAUUAAAAGAGCCGGCGAAGAGAAGCGCGAAGAGGGAAAAGUCAGCAGAGGGACACACGGGUGAGAAGACGGAAACUCAGGUGGCUGCAGAUGUGAGCGCGGAGCAGAGGAAAGGCAGAGCAGCCGCAGACGCGCUCAACAGACAGAUCAAGCAGGUCAUGUCGACCACGAGCAGCUAUCGGGCUGAGUUCAAGGCAUAUAAGGAUGUGAAACCAGUGAAGGCCAUUAAAGCUCAAUCUCAAUAUAAACCCCCAGUGGAGGAGAGCAGUCUGGAGACCAGCUACAGCGCCACAUACAAGGGCGAGCAGGUGAAGGCUCACCCCGCUGACAACAAGCUGAUGGAGCGCAGGAGGAUACGCAGCCUGUACAAUGAGCCGAGCAAGGAGGCGGCCAAGGUGGAUAAGCCAGUGUCCCGCACCAAACCAAAAAAGACACCAACAUCAACAACAGGGAAAAUUGUGAAAAAAUCAAAAGAUAAGCAGAUUGCUAGUUCCCAGUCAGCCAAGAAGAAACCGUCUCUGGGCGCUCUGGGCGCCCCAGAGCCCACACCAGACGGAGCGGUCACAAAGAAGAGCAAAGAGAUCAGCAAUAGACUUGCUGAGGCGAAGCAGUGAAAGUAAUUCAUCUCCACACUUUUAUCGGCGUGAUCAAAGGCGACUUGAGAAUUCAGGCACAUUUCUUCCAUUUGGUUCAUUUCCCCACCUGUUGUUUUUUGCUGUUCUGUCAUGUUGUUCACCUUCGAAUGGGCACUGAUGUUAAGCUUUUAGAAUCAUGCAAACAAUUUCACUUUAAAAUGUGUGUGAAAGUAUGUGUGUGAGAAAGUGGUGCACAGAAUCGCUUAAUAUUGUUGAGCACAUCAUUUGCACAUUAUUUAUAUGAGUUCUGUUUGACAUUGAACUAUAAAAAAGAGCCAUCAAUACACAUGCACAUGUGUAUGAAAGGGCUUUUUUUUUUUACCUUUCUCUGAAUGACAAUUGAGAUAAAUAUAAUGAUUGUAUAACAUGUCAAAGGGAUGCUUUUUCUCUCCGACUGUAUCACAUAAGAGCUUUUGUGAAAAUACAAAAUGUUUUUAUAGUUGCGUUUCCUACUUACAGUGCCUCUGCUGUAUGGUCCUGGUUUUCAUUUAAUUAUUCUGAAUGAUAUCUGGUUUCAGAUAUCAGUUUGGUUGCUAAGAAACCAAAUGAACUGUAAUAUAAUUGCUACAGCUUGCAUGCAGGACCCAGUUUUAGCAGACUUAAUGUCACAGUCACAUUUGAGCUUGUAAAUUGAGCCUUCAACAAUAAAUAUAUAUCGGGGCAAGACCUUUUUAAUUAUAAUGCAUGUGUACUAAUAGAUUCUGGCCACACCGCAGAUACAAAAGUACAUACACUAAGUAAAUUCAUAGUCUAGUGGCUGUUAAAGCUAUAAACACACCAGCAAUAUGGAUUCACCCACAACCAUAUUUCUUGCAAUCUAAAUGAAGAUUACUCCUUUGAUAUGAUGGAGAUACUUCAGUUUUUAUGAUGACUUAGUAUUUGACAUUGUACUCCAUCCUCUCUGAGAUGUGACGCUUUAAUGAUGCCAGUUUUGGCUUGUGUGUGUGUGUGUGUGUGUGAGAGAGAGAGAGAGCGAACAAGUGAGAGUUGUCUGUGUAUGACCUCUGCUGCCUGCUAGCAUCCAGUCUGAUCCAACCACUAGAUGCUGCUGUGCACUCCAACACCCUGGUGCUAUAUCUCUUAUUGUGUAUGCUGUCUGGUUUGGACUGUGUGGAGUAAGACCAGAGAGGAAUGAUGUUAUGACAACGUCAUACCGCUGAAAAUAUGUUGUGAUAAUGUGCUUGUGCUCUCAUCUUGCUCUGAAUGAACUCUGAUUAAAGUGAUGAUACAGCAUC